AUGUUCAGCAGGCUGAAGAAGUUGAUCCGGGCUCCGGAGCCUCCCCCUGCCCAAGCUGCUCCCUCACCUCCUCCAUCCCCGGCUGCUCCUGCUAAGGCGGAAAAGCCCCCUGAGAAGAAGGAUGAGAAAGAGCAGCCAACGAAAGAGGAGGAGAAGAAAGAGGAGGUGAAGAAAGAGGAGGAGCCUAAAAAGGAAGAGCCAACAGGUGAGAAGUGUUCUCAAACUGAGGCGCUCUCUUACAUAAUCUUUAAUUCUUUCAACCUGCAAGAAAUUCCUGCUCCUGCUCCUGCUGCAGCUCCUGCUGCAGCUCCUGUUCCUGCUCCUGCUCCUGCUCCUGCUGCAGCUCCUGCCGGUGCAGAGGGAUCUAAAGUUGAAGAAGCUCCGCCCCCUCCUGUGGUCUACUUCCGCAACACAGACGACACCCUCCGAGGUUUGAUCAAGAACUUAAGAGAGCGAACUGCAGUGCUCAGAGAGAAAGCCAUCGACCCGUACGCCACCUCGCCAGAGAUCACCCCACCUGUCACUCCUAUCCUGAAGAAGGAGGACUACAUCAGGAAGAAGGAGGAGGAGAGGAUAGCAAAAGAAGAAGCGGACAAAAAGAAGGCAGAAGAAGCAGCGAAAAAGGCGGAGGAGAAGAAGAAGAAGGACGAGGAGAAGCGGCUGGAGGCAGAGAAGAAGGCGGAGGAGGAGAGGCUGGCGGAGGAGGCCAGGAAGAAGGAAAAGAUCCUACCCGACAUCAGCUGCUCCUGCUUCGACGUCCUCUUCCGUCCAAUCGAGGAGUUGAUGGACGUUACGCUGGGGACUACCAUCGACCCUUUCACAGAUCGUCGCUACAUCGCCUGGUUGACUGUGGUGGCGGUAGCCUACAACUACAAUGCGUGGUUCUGCACGGCCCGGCUGGCGUUCCCGUACCACGGUGAACACGUCAACCGUUACUGGGUCGCUUGUGACAUCCUCAGUGACUUAGUAAACGUUAUCGACAUCGUACUUUGGCAGCCACGGCUGCAGUUUGUCAAAGCUGGAGACAUUAUUAAAGACAGAGCCAUGGCUAAAGUUCAUUAUCGUAAAUCUCAAAGGUUUAAGAUUGAUAUAAUGAGCAUCUUACCUUUGGAUCUCCUCUGUCUCUACUUUGAAUUCUCCUCUGUGUACAGACUCAACCGCUUCAUCAGGAUCGACUCGUUCUUUGAGUUCAGCGAUCGACUGGAGAGCAUCAUGGCCAAGGCGUACAUCUGGAGAGUGAUUCGGACCACAGGUUACCUGCUCUUCAUGUUGCACCUGAACGCCUGUGCGUACUUUGUAGCCUCGGUGCAUCAGGGUCUGGAUACGACCACGUGGGUUUAUAGCGGAAAGGGCUCAGCGUACCUGCGCUGUUACUACUUUGCAGUUCGCAGUUUGAUCAACAUCGGGGGUCUACCUGAGCCUAUCACCACCUUUGAGAUCACCUUCCAGAUGUUAAACUUCUUCAUCGGUGUCUUUGUGUUCUCCAGUCUGAUUGGACAGAUGAGAGACGUCAUCGGAGCAGCCACAGCCGGUCAGACUUAUUUCCGGGCGUCGAUGGACGGCUGUGUGGCCUACAUGAACACCAACUGCAUCCCAAAGCAUGUCCAGAACAGAGUCCGCACCUGGUACAACUACACCUGGGCCGCUCAGGGCAUGCUGGACGAGUCUGAGCUGCUGGAUAAGAUGCCUCUGGUGAUGAAGACCGCCAUCGCCGUGGACAUCAACCUCGCCACCUUCCAGAAGAUCGCUCUGUUUCAGGGCUGUGACCAGCAGAUGUUGGUGGACAUGUUGCUGAGACUCAAAUCCAUCGUGUAUCUCCCCGGAGACUUUGUGGUCAAGAAGGGAGACAUUGGUAAAGAGAUGUACGUCAUAAAGAGCGGAGCGGUGCAGGUAGUGGGAGGACCUGACAACAGCAUCGUGUUCGUCACGCUGAAGGCCGGCUGUGUGUUCGGAGAGAUCAGUUUGCUGCAGUCCGCUAAAGACGGAGGAAACAGACGCACAGCUAACGUCAAAGCUCAUGGCUUCGCUAACCUCUUUGUCCUGGAGAAGAAGGACCUGUUUGACAUCCUGGUCCACUACCCCGAGUCUCAGAAAGUUCUGGCCAGGAAGGGACGGAAGCUGACCAAAGCCAAAGCUCCUGCAGGAGCGAAGGUGGAGGAGAAGCCUAAAGGUCUGGCUAUGUUUGGAAACAAACCACCGACUCCGAAGCUGCUCAAAGCGUUCGGAAACUUCCGGAGAGGAUCCGUGAUGGAUAAACUGAAGCAAAACGCAAUGGAGCAGAAGUGAGAGCUAAGGAGUGACACUGUCAGCUGCAGAGAUGACUGGACAGAGUUAAAAGGUCAAAGUGUCAGAGCUCCUCACAACAUGUCUGUGAAGUUUCUUGUUCUAAAUCCACUCUGAUCCUGUAUUUGAUCAUGUCUAUAAACCCCUCUAUUUCAGCCCUGCUCAGAACAGGCUGUUUCUGUGUCUGUACCUUUAAAUAUGUAAAUGAGCUGUGUCUGACCAUGCCCCCUCUCUGGAAGGACUUGGGUAAGAAGGCAGACUCAGAGGGCAGAACAAACACCUAGCUGUGGGAGUGUCACCCACCUGGGGAGGGGUUACUGCCCUUUGUGAUGUCAUGAACAGAAAAUCUCCAAACGGCCUGUUUGAGCACACAUUUUCUGAAAAGUGGAGCAUAAUAUGAAGUAUAAUAUGUGACCGUUAAAGAUGAUCUGUCAGAUUCUGAAACAUGUUUUAAAGUGUGUG